GCGGGGCAGGGGGCGGUGCGGAGGGCCGGGGGCGGUGCGCGGUGCCGGGCAGGGUGCGCGGCGGCGGCGGGGGAUGGCGGCGGCGGAGCUGCAGGAGCUGUGUGCGCUGGUGGAGCGGGUGGGCGGCCGGCCGGCCGUGCUGCUGGUGGCCGAGGUGGCGGAGGGGGCCCCGGCGGCGGCCACGCUGGCCGCCUUCGCCCGCGACCUCCUGGGCGACGAGGCGCCCCCGGGGCCGGGGCCGGCGUGCCGGUCCCGGCGGCGGGUCGGCGGCGGGCAGCGGGCGCUGGCAGCGCGGCUGCUGCUGGUGCUGUGCCGCGGAGGGGCGGCGCGGAGCCGCGGGGCCCGGGCUCGCCUGCGGGAGGUGGUGCGGGACGUGCGCGACCGCCUCCCCCCGGCACCGCCGCCCGCCGUGGUCGGCGUCCUCCUGGCCGGCGGGGAUGCGGAGGACGCGGCGGUGCUGGACGCUGCGCUGCGCCGGCACUUCCCGGCGGCCGGCACGGUGCAGGCGGCCCGGUACAGCCCCGGCAGCCCCGCCGCCCUGCGCGACUGCCGCGCCGCCGCCUGCCGCGCACUGCGGGCCGCCCUGCAGCACCCCGCAGACGUGAAAGACAGAGAGAGGUGGAGGCUCCCAUCCUUCCUGCGGUGCAUUCCUUGGAGCCAGAGGAGCCGGGGAAAAAGUUAUGAAGCAAAAGCUGCAAACCACAUUAAUGCAGAUGACCUGCAGGACCCUGAGGAAGAAAUGGCUCUGACCAGCCUGUCCCCCAAUGGAAACUACGAAGAAGCUGCUGGAGGUGCAGGCACCUAGAGCUGCUGGGCGCCCAGCACGGUCCGUGUCCCGGAUCUGGCCGGUGGAUUUGGAGCAGUGGGAGGAGGAGCUGGUGCGUGUCCACUCACCCUCUCCUCUGAGGACCCACCGCUCUGGGGAGAAGCUGCUCGGCUUAGCUCACCAGGGUCUUCUGUAGCUGCCGAGAGCCUCUGAGGUCCAUGUCAGAGAACCAUCCCCUGCUGCACCCUGCUGCACUGUGCUGCACCCUGCUGCUCUCUGCUGCCCGGAGUGCCAGGAGCUGCUGCUGGACACCAGGUUUCUAAGUAGCCCUUUGGGGAUGUAUCCCAGAUCCUGGGUGAGAUGGCAUGGGGACUUGGAGCAUGAAAUGCAGCCACCUGCCUGAAGAAAGAGCUUUCUAAUUCUGAGCAGAGUUCCGUGCUGAGAUUGCCAGGGUUGGCCUCCCUGGCAAACAGACUGUGCUGCCUUGUUUUCCUGCUUUGUUGCUGCUUUAAGUUCCCACCCUCUCUGGUCAGGAAAAAAAAAAGACAAAUAACAUGGUGGCAUUGAGACUGCAAUGGGACUAAAUAUGAGGUCUUGUAUCUACCAGCUGCUGAAAAGUCUUGAAUGUAACUGUGUGACGUGAAGAAUGCAGUAACAGCCUACUGUGGGUAGCAAGAAUAACACUGAAGAUCCUGACAGUAACGGUAGCUGGAGCAGAGUGUGGUUUGGGAGCAGGAUCCAUUCCUCUGGCUUGUCCUGGUGCUCACAGACUGAUGGGCUGGAGGGGGUGGCAGAUGGACUCAGUGGCUGGUGGUAAAUGGGGUUAUGGAGAGACCCAUCUUACCUGGGACAUCUCCACAGCCAUGUGGUGGCAGGUCUUGGAGGUGGCCUGCAGUACAACAAGAUGGGACUGCUUCAUAAAUAAAUUUAAAAUAAGCUAUUUAAGUAGUUCCAAAGGGCUGACUGUAGCCUGUGGGGCAACACAAUUAAUUACAAAUCUUUGGUUUAUGAGGACUGUUUCUAUAAUGCUAAUAAGACCUUUUUUUAUUCUUACUUUAAUGCAACAUAAAACAGAUCUUGUUUUAUUUUCAGCACAAACGGCUGAGUUUUGUUUGGGGCUCACUGUCCUUCUGGAGUUUCAUCUGGCUCAGAGCAGAAACUUCAACCCAUCAUGUCCUGCCUGCUUCUCUGGGUUAGCUGCUGAAUGGUGUCAGUAUGUCCUCCACGCAUGUCUGUCCUCUCUCUGGCUCCUUUUAUCCCAGUGGCAGCUGAAGUGUCUGAAGCGUCUCUCCCAGCCGUGUGCCUUCACCAGCUCUCCAGCUCUUACCUGGAGCAAGGGAUGGUUUUUUACCCACUCUGCUCAUUACAAUGAUCAUCAACAUUUUUCAACAAUUUUUCCAUGCCUCAGUUUCCCCACCAGUAGGAUGGGGACAGGAACACCUACCUACCUCACAGCGGGGUUAUGAUGGUGAUGCUGGAGUGGAGCGUAGCAGCUCUUGGGAUCAGAGUUGGUCCCUAUAGUGAUGGUGCUGCUUUGCCCUUUUGGCUGGGAGAGAGCAACUGAGGUUGUCUGGGGCGCGCUGGUGGGGUCAGGUGGGAGAAAGGGUGAGCGUUGCCCAGUGUGCUCAGCAAAUCCGUGUUAUCAUGCUGCUGGUUUCAAUGUGUUGGGAUAGUUAGGCCCAGCCUACGUAGGAAAGCUUUGCCUGAAAUACAGCCCUAAGGUGCUGAAGCUGCCCCAUAGGUGGUGAGAGGGAGAGGGUAGGUGGCUGCUAAGUCUCUGCAAGCAGCGUUUGGGGAAUUGCAUGUCACACCUCGUCACAGCAGAAACACUUUCCUGUGUGGGUGUGGGCUGGGGAGAAGGAAUCUAGAAGGCAGCUGACAUUAACAGAGCAUGUUGCUCUGCAGAGAGGGCACUGAACCCACUCGCCUUCCAGCCUGCAGGAUUUCUGUAGCUUUUCUUUGCUUGUGACCAGGUGGAAAAUACAAAAUAUAACUACUUGCUGUGGGUGGCCGUAUUCAUGACCCGGGGCUUGAACACUAAGCAGUAAGUGCAUCUUGGUGAGACGAGGGUCUCCUCCUGCCCUGUCCCUGCCACCGGUGCAUCCGCCUGCUGUGCGGUGCGUUCCCUCUGCUGCUCCUCACAGCAGAGCCCGCAGCGCUGGGCAGGUACGGACUUUCCCAAUAAAGCCCUUGGUUGAGUGAGUCCGGUAGAACUUGACAGCAUGAUCAGGUGAAUCUUUAUUUUCUUGCAGUAUUUGGCCUUUGCCACCUAGAAUUAACCAAUGAAGAGGUGGCCCAAGAGUACAGAUUUGCAGUUAAACCUGUCUUAGUGCUACAAAUCCAGUGGAUUUAUUUACUGGUAAUUUUUAAGUAAGUUAAGCAAGUUUACCGUUGCAGUGAGGUUUAGUGGAAGGGGAUGAGCUGCCUGGGGUUUAGGAGGUGUGAGUGGGAAUACAUGUGACCCAAAGUAUUGUUUUCCUUUGAGGAAUAAAAAAUAUUUGAAUUAUUUUUUUCUUCACUAUCUGGGCAUGUGGAGGUACAGCAGAUAGUUUUACAUGUUUAAUUGUUUUAAUAAUUUAUGGGCACUGUUAUCUUACGUGCUUGCUGUAAAGAAUAAAGACAUUGAAUUUCUGAAUUGUAA